ACUCGUUCGCGGUGCCUCCUGAACGUUAGCUGUUGAGCCAUGCAGAGCCAACCUCCCCUUAAAUCCCCUGUUAAUGCGCCAUGAAUUCCCAACGCUCCUGCGCCAUCAUCACUCCACCCCCAUCGAUCGCCCUCGCGAAUCCCCGGUUCCUCCCACUCCGCGACCUGUGACCCUGGUCCUGCUGGGCCGCCGGUGAGCUAGCUAGUAGCGAGAUCAACAUCCAACCGACGACCAACCAUGGCGGCGGCGCCCGUGCGCGCGUGGUUGCUGGUGGCGCUGGCGGUGGCGCUGGCGUGCGCGCUGCUCUCCGACGCCGCGGGCACGCCCGCCCCGCAGACGCCGCCGGCGGUGUCGUCGGGCGCCGCGAAGCCCAAGUGCGAGCCCGGCGCCGUGAACGACAAGGCGUGCCGCGUCGGCGCCGUGCACGACCCGGAGAACCAGGAGGAGGAGGGCUUCAGCGUCACCGCCAAGGCGCCCGCCGGCGCGCCCGACACCGACAGCGACGACGACUACAACGACCCCGACGUGCCCAACGAUGACCAGCUCGUCGUCGUCGGCCACUGAUGGAUCAAUGCAUCAUGCGAGAGCCUGAAGGGUCGGCCAAUGGAACCCCGGUGUUAGCUCGUGAUCUUGACGGGUCGAGAAACUGAUUGGGCUUGAAUGUUGUUUGAAUAUUGUUCCGUUGAUUGUUCUUGUUAACUAGUGUACGGUAAAUUGCUUGACGCUAUUAAUCACCAUGUGUCCUGUGAAUUCUUGAUCC